AUGUUGGUGUCUUCGCUGAUUCUGCUUGCUUCAUUCGGCAGGCUCGUCCAGUCCGCUACCCUGGAGGAGCUCUACCUCCAAAAUGCACCCUCUUCCCCACGUCCAUAUGUCAUUCCACAUUACGCAAACUCGCAUGCCGUCACCGUUGGGGAUCAGCUGUACCGCUUCACAGUGACUGGCCCUUCCUCGGAUAAUGCGUUCACCCUGAUGAGCACCAACGCACCCUCUAGCGGAGCACUAGGCGUGUUACCGCACAUACACCAGAAGCAUUCUGAGAAUUUCUUCAAUCUCAAGGGCAGGUUCCAGCUCUGGACGCAAAAGGGUACAGAGGAGCAACAAGCUCGCCUGUUGACAGCGGGUGAUUAUGGGUCGGUCCCCAGAAACACGACCCACACCUUCCAGAUUUUGGACCCAGAUACCGAGAUGGUUGGCGUUAUUGUUCCUGGUGGCUUUGAGUAA